UCGAUUCCGCCGGAAGAGCGCCCCUAACCGUGGCGUUGACGAAUUUUUCGAAUUUUUCAGAACUCGAUUCAAGAACGAUACAGUCCCCGCAACAAACAGCGAGCCGAGAUAACAGUUGACCUUCGGCCCUCUGGGUACACAGUUGAUUAUUAAGAUAGCCGGUCUUUCUUUUUUUCUAUCGUUGAAACUUUUUCCCUGGCCGUAGCUGAGCGUGUUUUCAAUUCGCGUCACGUUUCCCGCCACUAGCGUUCACCUCUAUGAUCUCAUGCGCGACGAGAUUGUAUCGAAUGUCACACGGGUAGAAGACGAGGCACGUAGAAACAAGAUGGCAAUGCCUUUUCGGGGAACACCGCAAGCCCGUUCGUUCACGAAUCGUCCAUUACCUGAACUGUGUCGCCUGAAUUGAAUCCGAUGGCGGAAUCAGUAACGUUGCGUCACGUUUUUCCAUAAUCGGAAUAACAACAUCGGCACCAUUGUUCCUUUCGUACUGUAAGAAACGCGUGCAAUCAUCGGUGAUUGGACACUGGUAAACGGGAACUGUUAUUCUCCACCCUCCCCACGAAUUUGCGCCACUUUCAAAGUACACCGAGCCGCGCACUCGUGAUAUUUUUCGUUCGUUUUGGUGGACAGUAAGAAAUCGUUCGCGGAAAUGACGAAGACGGAACGAGUGAAGUACUAUGCGCUCUUAACCGAUUCUUUCCCAUACAGGACUGUCCGGUGUUUAACGUUGUUGGCACGAGAAUAUCUCCUUCCAAUGGGUAUUGAUUUUCAUUGAAACAAUGGCUCGUUGACGAAAAACAUUUUCGUUGGCACCGACCGAAUAUUUGGCAACUGUCAGUUGAAUAAGAAUCGAGUACUUUAAAUGGUGCCCUCUGUUCUUACGCCUGAUAUUUUUCAGGAUCGUUAGACUGAAAACUCACGGAUAGCUCGUAUGUUCGCAUAAUCCGUGGAGUGUGUUUAACCUCCGUAAACUUUAUGUUGUUUCCUGAUACUCUAUGAAAGUUUAAGUAGAUUCUUUCGAUAGCUUAUCGAUAAGAAAUGACCGUGUGGGAGAGACUGCGGAAUCCCUGUGGCUGGAGAUCCGGUGCUAAGCAAAUUUCAGUCGAUGCCAUAAUACCGAUCUUUGCGGUUCCAACAUUGGCGGUUAUAGCUGCACAAACAGUUCUAUGCACUUUAAUUAUAUUCAUCACUACCCCGUUGCUGGUGUACUAUCUGCACCACAAUUUCCUGAGAUUUCUGCUACGUACGAAAUUCUUUUUAAUGUGGACUAUUACAAGUGUUAUCAUGUUGAUGUUGAUCUUUGAAGUCAGCGUCGUACCACUAUUAGAGAUCUUGCCAGAAGAGAAUUUAGUGUUUAUACUUUGUGUGGUGGGAGGCAUAUUCUGUGGCUACAAGAGUAGACUGAACGCAGACUUUGCAGCGCAAGAAAGUUCUUUGACUCAAGGUUUAGAACUUGGAGAAGGAAGCGGGGAACUUUGCAUUACGUGUAGAAGGAGAGCACCUCCGAAAGCUCAUCACUGUAGAAUGUGUCAGACGUGCAUUCUGAAUAGGGAAUAUCAUUGUAAAUGGUUGGAUUGUUGCAUAGGUUCCAGUAAUUUGAGAUGGUAUCUAGGAUGCUUGUUCUUCUCAGCCAUAGCUUUUAUCUAUGGCUCCAAUUUAACCAUGACUACCGUUUGCCAUCCGUUUAUAUUUAUUGGUACUGUCCUUUUACCAGACGACUGCAGUGACNNNNCAUAUUGUUCCAGCAUUGCCCUCUGCUUCAUCUCGGCACUCUACAGCCUACUGGUUGGUAUGGUGGUUCUUUUCUAUUUAAUAUAUCAUCUUUGGUUAAUAUACCUUGGUACAACAUCGAACGAACGACGCCUCCUCGAAGCUGGAAGCCAAUACGAUCAGGGGAUAUUAAAAAUCGUAUCCCGAUUAUUUUGCUGCAAAACUUAGAUACUAAAUGUAGACUAGAUUAUUAAAUUUAAUUUGUAUGGAUGGUGAUACUUUGCAUUGCGCAGAGGAUAUUUAAAAAUCUGAAACAAUGAGGCCAGAACAUCAGGCGGUACGUGAAUUAUAAUAUUCACUUCAAUAUUAGUUCAAGCACACUUUUCUCUAUUUAUAUUCUUUAAUUUUUUUUUCCCCAUUCUUGACCGAUUUUUUUUCUCUUUUUUUUAUAGUAGCAAACCAACUCGUACAUAAGCUAUCGCUAGUAAUAUCGAACUCCGAAGUAACAUAUCGUAAUGCAAAAGGGUUGCUCUCAGUUACUGUGCUGGUUACUUUCAUUUCAUUAUUGCGCACAUUAUUUAUAUACUUAUUGUAACUGUGAUAAAGUGGCCAUUGUACGAUCAUCGCAAUAAAUUAUAUUAAUCAAUUGUGUAUAGUACAUCUAAGGUCUAAGCAUUACUGAUGUUCACAUCUUUUUUAUGGAAGAAAAUAAUAUAAAAUCAAUAAUAGCUUUUGUGUUACAUAACUUUCGUCGUCUACACUGUACAGUUUUCUUAUUCGUGAUCUCUAGAAACUAACUUCAAUCUUCAAGCGCAACGCCCCGUUGUUUGGGAUUAAAGUCGGGAAUCACUGUCUGCACCAGUUGCCUCAAUUCGUUUCUUCUUUUCUCGCUUUCUGUAAUAUCCGCGGCAAUCGCGAGGUACCUCCUCCACGUAAAGAGGUACCUCCGCUUCAGUUGAUUUACAUAGUGUCUGCCAGCCAGCUCCUCGUUUCUUUCGCGUUCCGCUUUCAGUUCUAAGGUUACCGUUCGCCAUAGCGCAAAGUACCUAUCCAGCAGCUUUAUCUCGCAGAAGUCGGUGGCAACUUGAUAUUUCAGGUUCUCCUCUUUCACCAUCCGCCUCCAUUCCCCGAACGCACUUAUCGUCAAACGUUUAUUGUAAACAGACUCUGCGAUCGUGAUCCUCGCUAGCAAUUCCGCUUCGGUUUCUCUUCUCCAGGCGACGAAUAUCUUCCUCGUUAGAGUCUCCCUGUAAUGAUCGUCCGCUUUCCUCACGUUACUUUUCUUCCGUUCGACGAGCGCGAUCAACGGCUCGAUUAAAUAACGCCUCAACAGGUACCGCCGGUAGAACUGGUCGGCGAUAUUGUUCAGCCUGUUAUGCCGCUCUAUUUCGCGCAGACGAUUCUGCUCCUGUUCCCGUCGAAGCCUCCUAGCCUCCGCCGCGGCCUGUUAACAAACGCGUAAGAAGCAACGUCCCAUCGCGACCGAUCGCAUAAAAAGCGCAGCCACGAACGAGAUAAGAGCGUCUGCGAGGUGAAAUUAAACUUGUGACACUUAGUACGGCGUUAAUAUACUCUGACCCCUUAUUUUAUCUGACCUCUUGUUGCAAUCUCCUCUUCUUCUGCUCCUCCUCUAGCCUAGCAGCCUCUUCUCUCAUCUUCUGCUCCUCCAGUUUCCUCCUGCGCGACUCUUCCGCCAGUUUCACCCUCUCCCGCCUCGCCUCUGCUCGCGCCUCCAUUCUCAAUAAAAAUUUCGGAGCACCCGGCGCUUGGUGGGGCACCGUUAAGCUUUCGUCCCUUUGUUGUUCAAAAACGGAACUGUUAGACCAUUUCUAUGCACUCAUAGCGCAUCAAAGAAUACAGCAAAGCGAACAGUUGGAAAUGCAAUGACAUCCCCAUUUCACUUCGAAUCGCUUCCGCAGUAGCUAAAUUCUCGAUUACCUGUAACCAGCCUGUUGCAUCAACUGAAUCAGCGUCCUCCUCGUCAUCUUCCCGCAAUGGGUCAGCGUCUCUUUCACCACGUGCACCGUCUCUUUGCUCGACCUGUAGAUCUCCUUCUGCGUCUCUCUCAGCUUCAGCUCCUCGAUGAUCUUGUUCUGCUCCGCCAGCUUCGCUCUCUGGCUCUCUAUGAUCUUCUUCUGCGCGCUCAGACGGCUCUGCGCCGGCGAUUCCGCGGCGACAGCUUUGAAAACAGUGCUUCUCCUCCUCGUCACCGUGUCGAAUUCUCUGGCGGCUGGACCGUCGUCCUUGCCCCUCGGUUUCUUGGUCCUCAUCAGCUCCUUCUGAUGCUCCGUGAUCGCGUUGAUGAACAACUCGAUCUUCCGCUCCUCGGAGACCCUCGGAUCCUCCUUUUCUUCCUGCGCGUCGUUGGUCUCGUUCCUCAGACGCGUCCUCCAGAUGUCGAAGUACUUCCUCGUGAUCCUCGAGGUCACGCUCUGCUGGAUCUUCGUCUUGAUGUCCCUCAGCCGGCGCUCCUCUUCGGCGUUACUUCUCAGAGCGUCGAAGCAUUUCCUCAGAACGUCCAAUCGCUGCAGUUCCGCUUCCGAGUUAGGCUUGUCCGUGAUUGUCACCUUGAUGCUUCCCAAGGGUGGCUCCGAAUUUUCUACCUUCUCGUCAUUCAACGCGGAGUCAGCCUUCGGCAGCAUACUCUUUUUCCAAGGAGCGUCCGCCAGUCUGUCCUGGCUGCUCCUUUCUGUGUCCUCGGAUAUCUGCAAUGUUUUUCAUAGACUCUCAAUGAAAAUAACUCAGUCGUCCAUCGGUCGCGCGAGACGGAGACCAACCUUACGUUUGGCUCUCCUGCAGGCACUCCAAAAUUCCUCGUCGUCCGACGGCGCGAAGGUCCUCCUCUUGCACGUGUAGGGUCUCGAGAACUUCGGCCGACUCCUCAGCACCUCCAUUUCGAAUCUCUUCAGCUCCCUCUCCAGGAAUCGCUGCUGCUUCUUCAUAUACGACUUCGCGUCCUCCUCCUCCGUGAACAAUCUACGAACCGGAAAUUCCUUUCAAGAAAAACGCUCUUUCCCCUCGAUCGAGACAGCGUCGUACCUCUUUGCCUCCGCCAAGACGGAGCAUUUCGUCGGCGAGACGGACAAAUCCUCGCGAAGUAUCCGGUGCCUCGCGUCCAUGAUCAAAUUCGGAUCGAGGAAGCUCUUCUCCUCGUCCCGUAUCAUUCGAAGCUUCUCCGAGGGGUGGAAAAUAUCUGUCUUCAUCAUCCGGUCCAACAGAUCGGUCAGCUCCGCGCGUAUCAUCGUGGAUUUCGUAUUUUCGGCGGAAUCGCUGUUCCGUUCGUCGGGAGCGUUGUACAGGUCUCUUGUUGACACGUUGUUGUUUCGUUGUUAAGGAAAGUUAUGAAAGAUACUGGCUGUACACGCAGCUGUGCCUUCCCGACCCCAUUCAUAAAUCAGGGGGUGGAAGCAAGCGGUAUGGGGGUGGCAGGACGCUAUCGACUUGUUUCGUCCUGAAAAAUAUGUACGCCGUAUGUUUUAGCGUUACAGCUCCUGUAUAUGUAUUAAAGUAUCGUUUGUAGUAGAAAUUUCUCAAUUGAGAUUAUUUAUGGUUGAAUCGCAGUAAUGACUGUUGUAUAUAUCCGGCAGCCUGAAGGUUUUCUGUAUGCAAUAUAUUCAAUGAUUUUUACAAUAGUUGGCUUGAUUAAACGCGUAUCACCGGGGCUAGUGUAAUAAAAUGCAGUAAAAGUAAAUUAAGCAUAAUUGUAUAUUAUUGAUAAACGAGCGUAUAAAUCGAUGAAUAUU